AUGUCUGUCUAUCUAUCUAUCUAUCUAUCUAUUACUUUCUUAGGUUUUCAUUCUUUAUCUAUUCCUUCUUUCUUUCUAAAAUCUAUCUACCUAUCUAUCUAUCUAUCACUUUUUAGGUUUUUCAUUCUUAUUCUAUAUAUUUCUUUCUUUCUAAAAUCUAUCUAUCUAUCUAUCUAUCUAUCUAUCUAUCUAUCUAUCUAUCUGAUCUCCAACCCUCAUCUUCAUAUCUCUAUGUCAUCUGUGAUCGCCAUUUUGUUUGUGCCGCCCUAUCCAACUUCUGCCCGCAAGCUGAAAAUUUCCUUUGCUUUUCUGCUUGGGGCUCCUCUCCAAUUCGAUAACAUUUGUUUAUUAGUGGCACACCCCAUUAAACAAGGUUCUUUUCCCCCUACUCAUGUCUCACAUUUUUCUUACUACCUUGGUUCUAUUUACUCUCAUCCCUCACACUGUCUUGUCCUUUUUCUCUCUUCACUCACUACUUCACCCCUUUUCUCUUCCUCCUACAAAUGCUUUGCACCUUUUCUCUCCUCCUCCUUCCACUGCUUGACCCUUUUUUCUCUUCUUCUCCUCCCAUUGCUUGACUCUUUUUUUCUCUCUCUCUCUCUUCCCACUGCAUCACCUUUUUUUCUCUCUCUCCUGCCACUACUGCAUCACCUUUUUUUUUCUCUCUCUCCUGCCACUUCCUUCUGUCUCUCUCUCUCCUGCCACUUCUCUCCUGUCUCUCUCUCUCCUGCCAUUUUCCGCUGUCUCUCUCUCUCCUCUCUUUCUCUCUCUCUGCCUUCUUUCUGUCUCUCUCUCUCCUGCCACUUCCUCGCUGUCUCUCUCUCUCCUGCCACUUCCUCGCUGUCUCUCUCUCUCCUGCCACUUCCUCGCUGUCUCUCUCUCUCCUGCCACUGUUUCUUUCUUUUCUUUAAUUCUCUUCUUUCUGCCAUGCUCUUUCUCACUCACCUGCUUUCUUUCUCUUUUGCCUCCUUUUUUUUUUCUCUUUUCUAUUACUUUCUAUCUCACACUUUUUUCUCUCUCCCAUUACUCUUUGUCUCUAUCCUUUCUGUACUCUAUUACUCUCUGUUUCCUUCUUUCUUCCAGUCCAUUCCUUUCUCUCCUCUUGUUCUGUCUUUACCUGUUUCCUUGUUCUGA